GCCGCGGUGACGUCACGACACAAACCGACACACUCUCUCUGACAGACUCUCCCUGAUAAAAGUCUCUCGAUCCAUCGGGAAUAACAGCCUCAAAUCCCAGCUACAUCAGUUCUCUUUCCUCUCUCAGUGAUGGAGACGUAUUAAACUCGUAUUUAUAUGUCGUAAAGUGUGUGUUUAAGCGCUCGGAUGUUCGGGAAUGUCAGGAUUAAACUUCCUGUUGAGCUUUAGCCGCGCGGAGCUUCACUAAAGAAGUUGUGGCUCAUGAACGAGGAAAAUCGACUGUGAGGUUUGGAUUAACGCUUGGACUCUUGGGUUUAAUAUUACUGAAUGUUGAUUGACAGGAAGUUGAUGGAGUUGUGAAGAUGAGUGUGACGUCGUGGUUCCUGGUGAGCAGCUCCGGCACACGCCACCGCUUGCCCCGCGAGAUGAUCUUUGUGGGCCGAGAGGACUGUGAACUGAUGCUCCAGUCUCGCAGUGUGGACAAACAGCACGCGGUGCUCAACUACGACGUGUCCACAGACGAGCACCUGGUCAAAGACCUGGGCAGCCUCAACGGGACGUUCGUGAAUGACCUUCGCAUCCCUGACCAGACGUACAUCACCCUGAAGUUAUCCGAUGUCAUCCGCUUCGGAUAUGAUUCACACAUAUACAUCCUGGAGAGAAGCCAACACAAAGUGCCCGAGGAAGCCCUCAAGCAUGAAAAAUACACCAGCCAGCUUCAGUUUGGCCAAGAGACGCCAGAAACCAAGAAGCACAUCAGGACAGAAGAGAAACAGAGAGACUCAUUACGCCUUAAAUCAGAGAAAGCCGAGCGGAAAAACAUCACAGACCCGCCCGUGUCGAGACCCACGCCGCUCUACGGCCAGCCGUCCUGGUGGGGUGAGGAUGAUGAAGCAAAGGGUGAAGAUGAUGAAGAAAAGGGACCUCAUGAACAUCACGCAGAAAACCUCAAGGAUGGUCCCGGAUGUGAGGUCAAUGAUGAGUUUCUCGAUGGCCAGGGAAAGUCCGGUUACGCUUUCCGCAAGGAGCCGAGCUACUUUGAGAUUCCCACGAAGGAGAUCCAUCCAAAGCCCAACACUUCAUCCCUGGAAGUCCAAGAGAUCCCCACAAAAGACACGGACCACAAACCCCCUUCCACUCCCCCCGUGGUCCAGGGCCAUGCCUCCUUCACCAUCGAGUUUGAUGACCAAACCCCUGGAAAGAUCAAGAUCAAGGACCAAGUCACGAAGCUCUCGGUCCGCCAGCGCAGGAUUCCCACCAAAGAAUCGAUAGCCAGACUUACGGAAGUGAUGUCGGCGGAGAACAAAGUUGCUGAUUGGUUGGUGCAAAGCGACGCCACUAUGUUGAGGAGUCUCGACGAGCACUCGAACAAGGAUGCACGCCGUCAUGAAGAUGGUGAUUUGGAAGAACCAGAAGAACCGCAAAUGGUUCAAAAGAUCGUCCCACAACUGGAAGGAAAAGAUCACCCAACUAAAUACGUCCCAGAUCCAAAGGGCCAAGGCAAACCGGAUGCCCAGCAAGCUUUUAUGGUCGAGUUCUUUGACGACGGUCAACGGAAAAAACGCUCGCAGUCGUUCACCAAUAACGUGUCUUCUCCUGACUUCCAGUCUGCUUUAAAAAGCAAGCUGGACAAACGAAAGGUUGCAGGCCAGGCUGGAGAGCGAACACCCGCAUCAUCGGCAUAUAACCCUCCCACACAGCAGUUUACGAUUCCCCUUAAAGGCUCUGAUGAUACGAAGCGGGCCGAAUCUCUCAGACGGGAGAAAAGCGAGAUACGCAUGAGCACGUCUGACUUUAGCUCUCGCUCCACGUCAAAACCCUUCGGCAGCAUCGGCCGGAGAUCCAAACUAUCGCAGGACUUCGCAGCCGAGUUGCUCAGGGUGUCGAAACCCGACCCUGCCUCCAUGUUGGACCAUAAAACCUCUUCUUCUACAACUACUCAGAGUUUUCCUGCCACGUCUCAUCCACAAUAUCCCACCAGUAACCACACGGAAGUCAACUACACGGAGGCCAAAACGUCUCCGCAUGAAGAAGAAGAUAGUCUGAGUGAUGCAGGGACUUACACUAUUGAAGCUGAGGGACCAGAUAAAGAGGUUGUGGAGGCACGGAGUUUGAUCGAUCAGGUGUUUGGUGUUGGUAACAACAGCCAAUCCGCAGCAGCAACAACAUUUAAGCCUAUAGUUGGUGACACUGAGGGUCACGAUAGUCUUCUCCUCAGUGAGAAUAGCUCAGGCCUAAAACUGGGCCAGUAUCCAAAAGACCGUAGUGACACAGACAAGGGUCCAGUACAGAUGCAGUCGAUGACGACACUGCCCCCUGGAGGCUCGCGCUGGGUUUCGCGCUGGGCCAGUUUGGCCGACACCUAUUCAGACUCGGGUCCUGCUUCAGGACGGUUUGAUAUCCCGUCACAGGCUGAUCUUUCUCCCGGAGGUCACAGCAGCAGAUCAAGACGAGUUCUGCCUCCGGUUCCUUUAAAGGAGAAGAUUGAGACGCCACCGCCCGCAAUACACAUCCAGCCUGACUCAUACCUGUCCGGUUUGCAAGUUCAGAAGCAAAAGUGGGAUCCACAGAAACUAAGUGUCCAAGAUGACCUGGAUCCAGACAGCUUGAGUGAUGCCAGCAGGUCCGAUGAUGGAUCAGUGGUCGAGCAAAGCAGGACGACUCCUGACCCCGCUUACAAGACGUGGAGCCGGUCCUCAAAUACGCAACCCAAUCAAGAAGAGACGAAAGAUAUGGAUUCGCCUCCCAAAUUCUCCACCGCUACUUUAACGCGACAGCAUGGGAAUAACCCAAGCAAGGAUGACUCUCUUAGUGCGGACAGUUCAGUGUCUAUUUUCAGACAAGAAAGUUAUACGAAAGUAAGGGCUAGUGAUGACAUCCAGUUGUCCAGAUUGCCUCAGAUAUCCAGUCAACCCUUAGGCAAAGAUGCUUUUAAAGGUGUAAGCAAUCAAGACACUCGGUCGUACCUCAAAGACACUGAGGAUGUUUUAGCGUCUCUGGAAGCCAAGCUUCUGGACCAGCAGGAAAACAACGGUCGCCCCCAUAUUGAGGACUCCUUCUCGGAAGAAUCGGACACUUCCAGUACAAUCAGUGGCAAAAACGCUUUGGUUUCUGUUCCUAAGAAGCUUGUCGACAUCAGAGGACUCUUAAAAGGUACCGGACAGUAUUCAAGAGAACCCAAGACUCCCGAUGAUCCAAAGGACAGUGAUGGGAAGAGUAUUCAGCGCCGUCGUAAUCUCAGUUCUCUCGACUUUGCGCCAGAAGGUCAAAGUCCCGCCGUAAGACGUGACGUAGUUUCCGACCAGGAAUCGAAUUCCCAACCUUACAAAAAGUACACAAUUCCUCUUCAGAAGGAAGGUACGAGCAAAUCCAAAGGUACGGUGCAACAAGCUCUAGCUCGUUCCAAUAGCCUCUCCGCUCCGAGAGCCACGCGAGCUUCGAUGCUUCGCCGGUCCCGCUUGGGCGACGCCUCCGACAACGAAGGCACCGAAACCGACCGAACGUCUCAGAACUCCGACGUCAAUCCCUCGGGGAACGUCCGAGGCGCUCAGGAAAGCAAGAAACUCUCUCGAUUGGACAUUUUAGCUUUGCCCAGGAAAAGGACGAGCUCUAUAAACGCUACCAGUGACACGGAGUCUUCCGCGAGCCGGACGGGAUUUUCGAACCGAAGCAUGGAGUCGGGGAGCUCCGUGAGGAAAGCUUCAGUGCCGGAUCACAAGGCUCUUCUAAAGAAGGUUUCGAACGCCAUGAACAGGCAGCCGAUCGUUCGCGGACGCUCGAGCAGCGCUAAAUACGCCAGCAGCACUGCUAGUGUGUACCAAACGCUCCCCAUUCCCAAUUCCCUGGGCCAAGGCUCCAGGAGGCGCCAGAAGGGUUCAGACUACGCCUCCACCUCAGAGGAUGAGUACGAGUCUAACCUUAGCACCCCUAAACACAAACGCUCCCAUCAUUCAGGGGCCCAGCAGAACCCCAGUCUCCAUCCAGCAGGUCCGGUGCGAGCCGUGCCCCGUUCCAGAGACUCCGAGGGGGAAGGACACGAGAGCGACGCCUUCCAGAACUGGACGUCUCAUAGCGCAGAGAUUGCCAGAUUGAGUCAGGACCUGGCCAAAGAUCUGGCUAUUCUGGCCCAAGAGAUUCAUGAUGUUGCUGGAGAUCCAGAAGCUCAGAGUGUUUCUACAGACAAGAUGGGACCCGCCAUAUCUGCCCACGAGGAGUUGCGGCACCAGAUUCCCGAAGCCAGUGUGAGUGUCCAGAAAGAGUCUCCAGUGGCAGCGCCGGCGUGUGAGGAGUCUGAGGGCCCGAGUGCAAAGCAAGACGAGGUGACACUGAAUAACGUGAUGCUGAAUCCGGUGUCCCAGCUGUCCCUGGCCAUCCGCGAGAACACUGAGCAACUGACCGAGAAGAUCAAGGUUUUGUUUCAUAAUAAGAUGGAUGUUUUGAGUGAAAUGGAGGCGAAAAUCAAUGCGGCUGAUGAUGCUCCACCACUGAAAACGUCAAACAAGGAAAUUGCAUCAAUUCUGAAAGAGCUGAGGAGAGUUCAGAAACAGCUGGAAGUCAUCAACACCAUCAUAGACCCGCGAGGAAACCCGGAUCUCGGCAGGACGUUUUCCUCGGCAGGGGUUCGCAGUUCCAGAGCCUCGUCCCGGGACUCCAGAGCGCCACACCGAGGAGGAGGAGGAGGACCGACGCCGAACACCCGACGCAUGUUCAGAAGCUCAGACCGGGAAGGGUCACUGGUAUGACCAUCGGUGUGUGUGUGUGUAUCAUCACUAGUCACUUUGCUAAUGAUUUCAGCGCAAGGCUAAAUCUAUAUAGGCUGUUUAGUAUCAAACACGUCUAGUCCGAUCGCUGCUUUGGCACAAGCUCCUCAUGAAAAUCACUGGCAUUUGAGAGAAUAUGAUGCGUUUAAUAUAUUUUUUUUGCACAUUUAUAUUUGCUCCAAACCGAUUUCAGCAGCUUGUGGCGUUGAGAAACCACACAAAAUUUGGCAUUACAUGUAAUAACUGUAAAUACACUGUUUAUGAUUUUUUUUGUCACUUUUUCUUUUUUGAUGGUUGUUUUGGAAAUAUAAGCACAAGUAAUUUACAUGAUUAUUUAAAUCUCUUUUUGUCUCUGUCGGACAGGGUAUUUGUAUGUUAAAGAUCAUUAAAGAAUUCAUAUGUAAUUGU